AUGGGUCGCUUACACAGCAAAGGCAAAGGCAUCAGUGCCUCCGCCAUCCCAUACUCCCGCUCCGUACCUACCUGGUUCAAGUCCACGCCCGAGACGGUCGUCGACAAUAUCUGCAAACUUGCACGCAAGGGUGCUACCCCGUCGCAGAUCGGAGUCGUGCUGAGGGAUAGCCAUGGUGUUGCGCAAGUCAAAGUUGUUACCGGUAACAAGAUUCUGAGAAUUCUCAAGUCGAACGGUCUUGCACCAGAAAUCCCAGAAGACCUCUACAUGUUGAUCAAGAAGGCCGUUGCCGUGCGCAAGCACCUCGAGCGCAAUCGCAAGGAUAAGGACUCCAAAUUCCGACUCAUCUUGAUCGAAUCCAGAAUCCACCGUCUGAGCAGAUACUACAAGACCGUGGGUGUUCUGCAGCCCAACUGGAAGUACGAGAGUGCGACGGCUAGCACGAUGGUGGCAUAA